UUUUCGAGGGGGUGUCAUCGGAGUGACAUUCCUCCCUCUUAUCUCAAGCAGGUGAAUGCAGGUGACUUGGUAAGCUUCAAACAGGAUCAUAAGAUGAUAAUUAUGCAUGAAGAUCUGCUGGUUUUUUAGAAAAAUUAAUAAUGCUCAGAGAAAAAUGGUUGUUUAAGGCUGUUAUAGUUUCCUCUAAUGACAGCAUUCAACAUGAUUCUUAAUCUAGAACUAAUCGGGGCUUAACCAGGCCCACUGGUAGCUUUGUUUACCUUACAAUUUGUGGGCAUUCAUAUGCUUGAGAGAUUGUCGCCAUGUUACAACCUGUUCUGUGUUACAACUGCAGUUGCGAUAGGAAUUCCUCUGUUUUAGUCUUCUUAGUAAGUUAUGUUGCGAGCGAUUGUAGAGAUUUUUUUAAGGAUUUGAACCUGAUACCACCUAAGAUCAAUACGUUAUCCUCAUUUCUUUCGAGUUAUGGCCCCCAAGCACUCUGCUUUUCAUUUGCCUUUAGAACUUUGCUGUUAUCUGACUACUCAAAUCUCAAGCUAGAAACUGAAGAUUGCCGCCACCUGUACCCAGGAACAGAAUUUAUGGACGUUGAAGAUGGUGAAAUGUCAUGGUUCUACGCUGAUGUCAGAGUGGGUGUUGGAAUUGGCCCAAGCAUUUGUGUUGGGAUUGGGAUAGGCGUGCCGUGUGGGCUUGGUGGCUCAAACCUACAAAGGCACCACCCGAAACUGAAGGCAAUUUUGGUGAUGAACAGGAUUUAUCCUUUGCGGCAUGUAAAUGAACACCCUGUUUUGACAUACACAUCUUGCUGGUUUUGCUUGCUUGUUUUCUGUUUUACAGGAGUCAAAUCAUUUGUGGCUCCCAUUAUUGCUCCCUGUACUGCUUAGCAUCAUCACCUACGAUCAUGAACUUUUAUCAAGCUAAAUUGCAUGUUGCAAAUACGGUAACGAAGGUGCGGUUUGCACUU